AGCCUCUUACAAGCCUGAGAUCAACCAUAGCACGCCGUACUACUUCCUACUGAGAUGAAUAGGUCCGAAAUACUCUACAGAAAUGACGUUGCCAUUCACACAGACGACGAUCAGGGAACUUCCCCAAAGAUGCGCGACUGCGAAGGUGAAUGAUAAAAACGAGCGAGUCUACCCGUUUUGACCAGGUUUGCUCCAUCAUCUUCUGCAAACAAUCUAACCUAUUACUCAACCUCAACAAAACACAAUCACAUAACCAAACCUACAGUAUCCUUACGUUGAACAAUCAAAAUGGUUCUCGGCAUAGGCAAAUCACGAACCCGUCGCCAUCCCGGCGGUACCACGGUCACAACCACUACAACCACAACGCAUCAUCCCAACAAUGGUGCAGCUGGCACAGGCCCGACAACGCGAGCUAGGAAACCCUCACUCAUGCAGCGUCUACGAGGCAAGACCGCACCCCGAAGCACGGCCACGACAGCUCGACCUGCUCGAAAAAGCCGCUUCGGUGGAACCAGAACAACACGAGCAACUGCACCUGCCACGACACAUCACCGUCGCAAGACCAGCAUCGGCGACAAGGUCUCUGGUGCCAUGCUCAAGUUGAAAGGCAGUGUGACCCGCAGACCUGGGGAGAAGGCCGCUGGGACGAGACGCAUGCAUGGGACCGAUGGCAGGGGGAGUAGACGCCGAUACUACUAAGCAUCAGCACCAACGAGGCCGACCGCGCCCUGGAGGACGGGACUGGGCUGAAUCCCUGCGCUCCGCAUGGAGAGAUAGGGAGCGCACUGUAAAUUUAUCUAAUCUGCUCUCAUCAAGAUGAGAGUCCUGGAGUAUGAGCUUACGAUCGGAGUGGAGUCCUAAUGUGUACGAUAUCCUGAGAUACCAACUUUCAAUCAUAGCGAGAAAACCCU